AUGCCUUUCACCAAGCUCGUCAAGAAUUCCCCCUACUUCUCCAGAUACCAAACCAAGUACAAGCGCAGAAGAACCGGAAAGACCGACUACUACGCCCGAAAGCGAUUGGUCACCCAGGCCAAGAACAAGUACAAUGCGCCAAAGUACCGACUCGUCGUCCGCUUCACCAACCGCGACAUCAUCUGCCAACUGGUCACCGCCGAACUCACUGGCGACAAGGUCUUCGUUGCGGCCUACGCUCAUGAACUCAAGAAAUACGGUAUCAAGAACGGUCUGACCAACUGGUCUGCCGCAUACGCAACGGGUCUUCUGCUCGCCCGACGUGCUCUCAAGAAGCUCGGCUUGGAUGAGCAAUUCACCGGCGUCGAGGAGGCUGAUGGUGAAUACAAGCUGACCGAAGCCGCCGAGGGUGAGGAUGGUGAGGAGCGUCGCCCAUUCAAGUGCUUCCUCGAUGUCGGUCUUCACCGAACCUCCACUGGCGCUCGUGUCUUCGGCGCAAUGAAGGGUGCCUCUGAUGGUGGUCUGUACAUCCCUCACAAUGAGAAGCGUUUCCCUGGCUACGACCCAGAAGGCAAGGAACUUGAUGCCGAGCUCCUCCGCAAGUACAUCUUCGGUGGCCACGUCGCAGAGUACAUGGAAACCUUGGCCGACGAUGAUGAGGAACGCUACAAGUCCCAGUUCGCCAAGUACAUCGAGAACGACAUCGAAGCUGACGGUCUUGAAGAAGUCUACACGGAAGCUCAUGCCGCCAUCCGAGAGGAUCCUUUCAAGAAGGACGAGGAUGAAGGCGACAAGAAGAGCAAAGAUGAAUGGAAGGCCGAGGGCAAGAAGUACAAGGUCCACAAGCUGUCCAAGGAGGAGAAGACCAAGAGAAUCGAGGAGAAGAUUGCCGCUCUUGCUUCUUAG